AUGGCCAGAGGGGUUUUGUUCACGUCGGAUUUGUUGUUGGCGCUGCUGGCGCUGUUCUUGCCACCAGUGCCUGUGUGGAUCAAGUGUGGUUUCUGGAGCUGGCAGCUGCUUCUGGAUGUUUUCCUGGUCCUUUUCGGCGGCAUUCCCGCCGCUAUUUACGCCUGGUACAUUAUUAUCAAGUAUCCCGACGACGGCAUUCCGUUUUUCGACGUCCGUCGCGGCACCUACGAGAUUAUUCCCGACGUCGAGAACCAGGACGACUACGAUAACGGAGCUGGCUCAUCACAACAACAAUCCUAUCCACAGUCACAGUCACAACCACAAUCACAACAAUCAUACCAUCCAUCGCAAUAUCCACAAGAUAAGAAACAGAAACAGGCGCAAUCACAGGAUUCACAACCGCAGGCUGGCGAAGGGUCCGGACCGGCGCCAUUUAACGGCUGGAACCGACCGGGCGAUUAUUCAGACCACCCUGACGAGGCCGGUGCCGGCGCUUCAGGCUCGCGACCGCCUCCCUACGAACCAGGCGCCAAUGCGCCCACUGGAGCCGAUAACAAGGUCCAGUACCACGACGAUAGUUUCAACCGCUAG